AAGGAGACAGAGAGAGGGAACGAGUGCAUGUUGCAGGUUAUCUUGUUAAAAAGUGUCAUUCGUGUGUACAAAUUUGAUUUUUUUAUGUAAUGUUAAAUUAAUAUUUCUUGCAAAUAAAACGGUUGCAAUGACAGAAAUAAUUGAGUUACGUCCUGAUAAAAAUUUGAUAAACUCAUCUUUUGAAAAGUAUCAGUUUUGUACCGAUGUUAUUUCUAUAAUUUCUGAAAUCAGUCUAAAGAAGCAUGUAUAUAGGUUAGAGCCAAAUCAAAAUCAAGAAUCUUGGUUGGAAACAAGACUAUUCGCAUUUCAUAAUCACUUGUAUAAAAAUGCAUAUGAUAUGUCAUGUUGGUUUAUUGAUGAAGAUUGGACUGUUUGGCGUUUCAAUAAACAUAAUUCCUUAGACCAAAUGCAUAUAUUACAUACUACAAAAGCUGAUUUAUCAAAAAUAUUAUAUAAUCCAUCUAUUGGAUUUACUUGUAAUAAAAUUUCAACAAUUUCUGAUGGUGGUGAAAAGCUAGAAAUAUUAAUAGGAGAUACAGGACAAAAUGUAAAAGUUUUUACAAUGGAUCCUAUAAAACCUGGAAUUAUCAUGAAUGUGCAAUAUGUACAAAAAAGUUCAAGGAUUAUUGUAACUAUGUGUACUAUUGCUAAUAAUGAUCCAAAAAAAUAUACACAGCUUACAUUGUUAUCAUAUAACUUACAGUAUGUAGAAAAUGAAGUAAAAGAUAUUGCUUAUAUUGAUAAACAGAUAUUAAAAGUACAAGGUACUAUAGAUUAUGCCUACAUGGAAGAAAAUGGUAAUUAUUUACAUUCUAUUUGUCAAGAUAAUAUCAGUUUUGAUGAAGGAGACAUACAGAAAUCUGAAAUAAAGGUAGAACAAUCAAAAAGUGAUUCACAAAUAAAAAUUCCAAAGUAUUACUGGUCGCAAGAUGAAGAUUCACUCACUGUUUGGGUUAAAAUACCAAAGCAACAUAGCACUAAACAACCUAAAAUAAAUGUUAAACCAUUAAAGUUAUCUGUUACAAUAGGCAAUGAGAUUUUAAUACAAGGUGAAUGCCAGCAUAGAUUAGAAGAAAAUAUGGCAACUUGGAGGUAUAAAGAAGGCACAUUGCAAAUUGAUCUAACCAAGUAUGAAAGCGGACUAAUGUGGCAUGAAUUAAUUAAAGGUGACACAGGUGGUGAAUGUUUGCCAAAUGAAAUUCUUGCUGCAGAAAUCCACAAAAGGCUAGCACAUUUGUGCACGGAUCAACAAAGUAACAGCAUUAGAGAAGGUCAACCUUGUGUGGGCUUUAAUGCUGAACAAUUAGAAGAAUGUGAUCUGGAAGGAAGAGAUAAUUUUUUACAAAGGAUCAAUCUUUCUACACGAACACUCACACAUUUAGCUAGAUUGGGAAGUAACAAUCAUGUAUUAUUUACAUAUGAAAGAAAACAUGGACAAAUGAUAUGUUUGAGGCACGAUCAUGAUGCUUGUGUUUGGGUAACAGAUGAUACAUGUGAUGACUAUACUCAAUGGGACAUACAACAUAUUCACAACUUUCCUGGAUUUGGCUAUGUUGAAGCUAGUAAAACUAACAAGAAAUUUUGUGUAGCUCCAAUUGAUGGCUCAUAUAUAGCUAUAGCAGAACAUGCCAGGCAUAUAUUCCUGUACGAAAAGCCUGAUAUCAAGGCAAAGACCGCUAAACAAAGAAUUGUAGAUCUUUCUUACGAAAGUUCGCCGAUUAUGGGUGUUGUUGCUAUGAAGACAUACUUGAUUGUACUUUUGAUAGAUAAAUUGUAUUGUUUACAGAUUCCUAAGUAAUAUUUCUCCUAAGUAUUAAUUGACUGGAAUAAAUAGUCUGUCCAUAAAAUA